GGCAAGGGAGACCACAAAUGACCUUAUCGGAUCCUUCUGCCAUGGCCCUAUCUUUUUCUCCUCCUGGAGUUGUACCUCCUGGAGCUGUUCCUCACGCAUCUGUCUGGUCUUCAAGUGCUGUGCCUGUGGCUCCUGCCCCUUAUGUCAGGAGAAGAGAAGAUGCUCUGCUACGUGCGCCAUCCAGACGUAACCAGCCACACCUCCACCCUGACAAGACCAAUGGAGCAUUGUGGUAUUAGUUGAACCUUGUAUUAGUAGACUAAGUGUAGAGUAUAAUAUUUGAUUUUGUCAAUACUAGUUGAACCGUGUAUUAGAAGAUUAAGUGUAGAGUUUAAUAUUUGAUUUUUAUUUGAUGUUUGCCAUUGUCUUGUCUCAGGUUUGGUAUUGAUCCUGAAGUCCAUGCUUUUAUCCGAGCAACAUGGCAGGGAAACUAUUGGGGGUCGUGGGCAAGCUGGAACUUCGUUCCACCUGAGAAGAAGGAUCAGUGGUGGCAUGCGUUCAUUGUAAGUGCUUGUUUCCCUUUCCUUUUCCCUUUCUCAACUAUUAGGAAGCUAUAAUGUUUAACUCUGUCUUAUGUUCUUUUGUAGCAACACUACUACUGGGAUGACCAAUUCCAUGAUGAAAUCUACUUGAAGUGGAAGAAACAAACUCAGGUUACCGUCUGUGGCCGCAUCAGCCAGAACAGGAGAGAUAAUAGGCAACCUUCUUACAUGUCAGACGCUCACUAGGCAACAAUGGUUGAGAAGUACAACACUGAGCAAGCAAAAAGGAAGAGAGCAAAAACUGCAAGAUCUCGUAAGUCUGCUCCAGUUGGGAAGAAGAUGCACAAGCACGGUGCAGGCCCACGCUGUUUCCUGAACAUUGCGUAUCAAAUGAUGGUUGAUGAAGGUUUGGAUGAACCACCUUCAUACACAGCCCUUGCAAGGAAGACUCACACGGGUAAAGAUGGUUCCUUCCUAGACGAACGUACGGAGGAACUGGUGCUGGAGGUUGAGGAAGCCGUUGAAGAGAUGUUACAAGAUGGAUCUCCACUUGGAGACAGUCAAUACUAGUUGUCUAAGUUAAUUAUUGAAAUUGAGACUCUUAGUUAAUUAUUGGAAUUGAGACUGUCUAUGUUAGUUAUGGUGCUUGUGAUUGUCUAAGUUAAUUAUUGAACUGGAGACUGUCUCAGUUAGUUAAGAUGCUUGUGAUUGUCUAAGUUAAUUAUUGGAAUUGAUACUAUCUUAGUUAUGGUGCUUGUGAUUGGAAUGAAUGCUUAUGAUUAUUUUCCUGUCUUUUUGCAGAGAGGAAAGACAAAAAAGGGUACAAUCUACGGCCUUGGCAGUGUUCAGUACAAGAACAGCAGUCCAUCUGUGCCGAUUCCUGUCUCACUGCAGCGCAACCUAGACGUUGAUAUGCGCAUGUCUGGCUUUGAGACCACCAUUUCUGAAGUCAAGGAAGACAUUGUUGGAGUCAAGGAAGAUUUCAGUGCUUUGAAGGCAGAAAUCAAUGCUUUCAAAACUCAAGUAACGGGGGGGAUGUCAGCUAGCCAAGCAACUCUCAACAUUAUUCUGCAAACUCUCCAAUCUCAAGCUUCCACUCCUGCCUCAACUGCACAACCAUCUCAGCCUCAAGCUCAGUCACAACCUCAAGGUCAGCCCCAAGCUCCAAUUCAAUCUCAACAUCAGCCACAAGCUCAAGGUCAAUCUACGGCUCUACCACAACAUCUCACGAUCAAUAACCCAUCUGAGUUAGAUAGGUGGUGCCAAGACCUUGGUAUGUAAGGUUUGGUCAGUUGAUGUAUUAAGCUUCAAUCUUUUGUGUACUUUGUUUCAAGUUGUAUUAUCUUUUGAAUGUUUAA